AUGCGAGAUCGACCGCUGCCAUUGGAGCCAGUCACCAAGGCGAUCUGCCUGGUCGAUACAUCAUCUAUCUAUCUGCACCAGGUGUGGAAUCUCCGAGAUCUCGCGCAGGAUAUUAGCGGGAUGGUAGCCACCUGCUAUCCCGAAACAAUCGAUCGGAUACUCGUCUGUAAUCCUCCGUUGUACUUUGCCAAGAUCUGGAGUCUCCUGAAGAACUUUGUCGACCCGGUGACUGCAGAGAAGAUUGUCAUGCUAAACUCAACGGAUGCCUAUAGCACCCUUAACAAAUACAUCCAUCAUGAUGAUAUUCCUGCCCAGUUUGGCGGCGCAUUUUAG